AAGAGAAAACAUGAACAUUGCAGGAGGAGUUGAGUUUCCGAUGAGAUAUCUCUCUGUUUCUCUCCUCCGCCUGUAAGAACCGAUUCGACGCUCGUGUAGAAUAAAAGAUUGUUCUAAUGGGAGAGACAGAGAAAUCGACUCCUGAGGAUUGGUAAAGCUCUAAGGAACAAACAAGGAUUUGAUUCCAUCAUUCCGUGAGGCUUAGCUCGAGUCGGUAGUAGCUCAGCUCGUGUACAAUCUAGGCUAGGCUUAGAUUGUAUAUUAUUGAAAGAGAGAGACAAGAAGACAAUGUUGAAAAGAGAUCGCUCGAGUGUUGUUGGAUCGAAAAGACAUGGAUCAAGUGUGGUUUUGAAACGACAUCGCUCCAGUGUUGUGGAAUUGCUACCACACGAUGUUGUUGAGCUCAUCCUCGAGAAACUUCCUGUGAAGCCUCUGCUGAGAUUGAAGUCUGUAUCCAAGAGGUGGAAAUCCACAAUCGAGUCCCAUCGAUUCAAGGAGCGACAGUUUAUCUGUCGUAAGCAAUCCCGAGGUAUAGAUGUCCUUUUCGUGUCCCUUGGUGAUGAUGAAGCUCGAGGGAUGAGGAUUGUGUUGGGGUCGUCCAUUGUUUCGACGGUUAGGUUCCCUACUUCGUGCACCGUGUUUUGCCAUGGUAGUUGUGACGGUCUCUUAUGCCUCUACAGUCUCAAUGAUCCGAGUUUCGUGGUCAAUCCCGCCACUAGAUGGCAUCAAAGUUUUCCUCUUUCCAGCUAUCGAGAGCUCAUUUUCGACAGGUUAAAGAUUAAAGGAGCGCUUGACAUCACAUGUGCCAAGCUUGGAUUCGGUAGAGACAAAGUAAGGGGCACAUACAAGCCCGUUUGGUUGUAUAAUUCAUCUGAAUAUGGCCUAGAAAACAUUACCACUUGUGAAGUUUUCGACUUUAGCACCAACGCUUGGAGGUUCCUUCACCAAGCUUCUCUUUAUCGGAUUCUUGGUGAUCAUUACCCAGUGUAUUUAGAUGGGUCACUUUACUGGUUCACUGAGUGUGAAGAAACCAAGGUUUUAUCUUUCGAUCUUCACACCGAAACUUUUCAAGUCAUCUCAAAAACUCCCUUUCCCCAUGUGCUUGACCCUCUCGGCUUCACCAUGUGCAUCCUCGAUAACCGCUUGUGCGUAUCUGAGACAAAUUGGCCCACCCAAGUCAUAUGGUCGUUUGAUUCUUCAGGCGGCAUGGAGCCAUGGAAGAAAUUGUGUUCGAUAGAUCUCACAGAAACUAUUUCUUUGUAUGGGAAAGCCGUAUCCAGACUCUUUCCAAUAGCAAUUCUGGACAAGACUAAGUUAUUACUUCAUAGUCGUUCAUACUUGCAACCAGCGGUGAUAUAUGAUCUCCAAACCAAGUCUUAUGGUGUACUUUUCACACCUACCACACGCGGAAGUAGUGCUUUUUAUUCCCAAAGUCUAUUCUCUGCUUUAUCAAAUUAAUUUGUGUCUUUUCUUAUCGUUGUACUGAUGAAUUAUUUGUAAAUUGUUUUACUUAGUUUAGAUACUCUUGUUAUUAGAAA